CUCUGGUGGUUCACUCGUUGCUGAGGUACCGACUAGCGCGCAAGAUAAUCCCUGAAGAUGGUGUCGAUCGUCGGAAAAUACGAGAAUGUGUCGAGCGAGAACCUCGAGGAGUACCUGACGACGGUGAGUGGAGCUGCCCAGGUGGAGGCAGCAAGAGCAUUUGCCCAGGGGAAACCGACAUUCGAGGUCAGCCAGUCCGGAGACCAGUGGACCAUCGUCGUCGCCAACGAGGGCAAGUCCUCCAAGACAACAUUCACCCUGGGAACUCCUUACGACGAGACCAUGCCACAUGGAGCUGUCCUCAAGAGUUUGACGACUAGAGAUGGGAAUACCUUCACCACCGUGACUGAUCUUCCCGAUGGAAAUCAAUCCGUUCGAGUCUACGAGUUCACUCCAUCCGGGAUUAAUGUUCGCCUGUCGGACAAAAAAGUCGGUGUAAAAGCCACCCGCACGUACAAGAGAGUUUAAUUUUAGCUCUUAUCAGCGCAAAUCCAAGGACUUCUGGAUUGAUAAUUUUUUUUCAUCUCGAUUGAUGACAGUAAUAGGUAAUUUUAAUAAAAAUCGGAUCCUGGAAUUUGUGAUUAUUCGAAUGAGUGAUUUGCAAACAAUUUUUUAUUGUAAUCCAAUGCAGAAUAAAUGAUAAGAAUUUUCCGAAA